AUGGAUAUGAUGGUAUCGACAUUGCAACAGCAGCGUGCUGUUACCGAACAACUAAGACGAGAAGCUGCUAUUAAACGCAUUCCUGUUUCUGUGGCAGUGGCUGACAUUGUUAGGUACAUUAAUGACCACGAGCAAGAAGACUGCUUACUGGUUGGGUUUUCAAGCCAAAAGGUCAAUCCUUUUCGUGAGAAAAGUUCUUGCACAGUUCUUUAA